AUGUCAACCUUCAGUUCAGUCGUGCGAAAACCGGGGCAGAAGAUCGUUCCGAAGGGCCCAAGAAAGAAUGUCCAAAGAAAUACCCUCAGACAUGCUGCUCUGCCAUCCCUGGCGCCAGAGAGUCAGACUGUGAGUCCUGCUGUUGAACUUGUUGACGAAGCAGUUGAGAGUCACGAACGGGAGCCGGAGCCACGAACGGAGAUAAUUCAGGAGACCAUCGAAAUACCUUCCAUCGCAAGUUCGAUAGAAACAGCAGGAGAGCCCCUCAUUGUACCACCCCAAAACGAAGAAACACCGAUCGAGAGAGAUCCUUCAGCAUCCGUCGAAGUAGUUGUUCCUAGGCACACAAGUCAUGAACUCGAAAUCACUCGUUCCGCCAGCGUAAGCGAGAGUCAACCCCAACAAAGUGCCAUUCCCUCGAUUUCGGUUUCGAUCCCCUCAAUCCAGCAGACACGAAGAACUACACGGGAGCUAACUUCCCCAGCAACGGAAGACUCAGCCCAAGAGACGGAGAGACCGGAUGCUUCGAGGAAGCGGCAGAAGACCACUCAUACGGUCGAGGAUUCAAGAGAGUCAGAAUCACAAACCCCUCCCCCACGCGAUGCCACACCACCGAUACUCAGGACCAGCCCGCGAGCUAGGCGGAGUGAAUCGCGUACAUCGGACGCGUUGUUACAAGACGCGACAACCCAAGCAGCUGCUGUGUCAGAGCUUGCAAAUUCAAUUGAAAACAGAGCAAGGUCGCAACAACCGCGCUCAGCGCCUCGUUCAGUGUCGCAAGCAGCAGAAACAGAAGAGAGUGCUGCUGAGGAUGCUGCACAACCACGGGCGAGACGCCCAAAGAAAAAGUCAAGAUCGAGGAGAGUACAGGAGCUAGCCCAAAGAGUCGUUGAAGAUGCCAUCCGUGGUAGCCCAGACGAGACAGGUCGGCGCCGACCUCGCCUAGCUACACCAGAGAAUGCAGAAGAGCUAGAAAUAGACCCGCAGGAGGUCUCGAUGGCAGAUCUCAUCAAGGACAACAAGAUAGGCAAGAAAUCGGAAACAGAGAAGCGAAUGCAGGAGAACUGGCCGGAGAUCAAAAAGCGACGCAAAGAGGAGAUUGAGAAGCGACGGGAAGCUGCUCGUGGGGGCGUUAACGCGUCUGCAAACGAGGAAGAGCACAAUGGCCCCGAGGUAGCAGCCGUUCCCAAGCAGAUCAUUGUUAAUGGACAAAUUGUGGUGGCCGCGGAGUCUCGAGAAGUCGCGUUCGGCGCCGGUGUUGAAGAGGCGGUGAUUCAAGAUGCAAAUAUUGCGCUCGAGGAUGACCGGAUCUACAAAUAUGUCAAUUCAGGGACAUUGGGGAAGCAUGCAGGUCGAGGGCGCGGGAGCCGCUGGGACGAAGAUCAGACCAGCCUCUUCUACAAAGGAUUGCGGAUGUUCGGCACGGAUUUUACCAUGGUUGCAGCUCUUUUUCCGGACGACGUUGAUCGGCGUGUCAUCAAAAAGAAAUACUUGAUUGAGCUUCGCGCGGAUCCACAGCGAGUCGAACAGUGCGUUGCGGCUAAGGAAACCGUGAGUAUAGAGGACUACGUGGCAAUGACCAAUAUGGAGCUUGAGAAUCCAGAGGAUAUAAUGAAGGAGCUGGAGGAACAAGAGCGAAAAUUGAGGGAGGAGGAUGAGAAGAGAAGAGCAGACCAGGGAUUUGUUGACCAUCUCGCAGGCGCGGACGUGCCGUUACCAUCUACAGAGAGGGACGACGCGGACCUCGACGAGAGCGGGCUAGCAGUCCAAGAACGACAGGCAGAUGCAGGGGCAUAUUUGGCUUCGCCAGAAGCACCGAGCACGGGUCAGAUAGAUCGUAUCUCAGCUUUGGCAGAGAAGGUCGUCCAGGCAGCGGUGAAUCCCAGAAAGAAACCGCGGCGUCAGACGAAAGAAUCAGCUGGAACUGGCCGUGGACGGCAAUCCAAGAAGGGGAGGAGGCCGGUUGAGGGGGUGGAGGAGAGAAUUGGCCCGAUUGACGAGGUCGAUCAGUGA